ACGGAAAGGUUUAUUGGACGGAAUAUUUAUUGUUUAGUGUUUCAGACGGGUGUCGCAGAACUUUAUCAGUGAUAUACACUAGUGUCAUUUUUUUUCUGUUUAUUUCUUAGUAAAAUAAAUCAGUGAUCGGAGUUCACAAUGGCUGUGAAUGCGGUGCACCUGGAAUCGGACGCUUUUUUGGUGUGCAUGAAUCAUGCGCUGAGUACCGAGAAGGAAGAAGUUAUGGGGCUUUGCAUUGGAGAGGUUGACACAGACAAAAUUGUGCACAUCCACUCAGUAAUCAUCCUGCGGCGGUCAGACAAGAGGAAGGAUCGUGUGGAGAUCUCUCCAGAACAGCUGUCUGCUGCAUCCACUGAAGCUGAGAGGUUAGCUGAAAUGACUGGACGGCCAAUGCGAGUGGUGGGCUGGUACCAUUCUCACCCACACAUUACAGUAUGGCCGUCACAUGUUGAUGUGCGGACCCAGGCAAUGUACCAAAUGAUGGACCAGGGUUUUGUUGGGCUGAUAUUCUCUUGUUUCAUUGAGGAUAAGAACACAAAGACUGGGAGGGUACUGUACACCUGCUUCCAGUCCGUGCAGGCACAGAAGGGCUCUGAGUAUGAGAGAAUUGAGAUCCCAAUCCAUGUGGUCCCUCAUGAAACAAUCGGGAAGGUGUGCCUGGAGUCUGCAGUGGAACUCCCCAAGAUUCUGUGUCAGGAGGAGCAGGAUGCUUACAGGAGAAUCCACAGUCUUGCUCACCUGGAUCCAAUAACAAAGAUUCACAAUGGCUCAGUCUUCACGAAGAAUCUUUGCAGCCAGAUGUCGGCUAUCAGCGGGCCCCUGCUGCAGUGGCUGGAGGACAAGGUGGAACAGAACAAGCAGACUAUUGCUGAGCUGCAGCUGGAGAAGGAGAGGCUGGUGCUGGAGCUCACAGACCUGGACUGAGCAGGAUAGCCGUGCUGGACAUGUACAAACUAGCAGGACACUGUAAUGCUGCUGCGCAAAAUGCCUCCGAGCAGGGGAAGGAGACGCCAACAGAGGAGCAGCAAGGUUCUAGGACUAAAGUCCAUGGAAAACUAGGCAACUUUCAGGCGACUGGUAGUACUUUGUAAGCAGUAUUCACUUAGUAGCUCCAGCCAUGGUUGUUAACAUAUUGUAGCUUGUGCACAAGGGAAAUUGCUUAGAAAUGUCACCUACAACAAGCUUCAUAAGUUUCCAGAAAAAACUGCCUGACAGUUGCCUCGUUUUUCAUGGGAUUAACACGUUUUGAGGGAUAACAUAAUUUUAAUGGUAUAAAACUAGCAAUAAGCUACUCUGAACAAUAAUUAUUUUGCCUAUUCUAAUAAGAAACUAAAUGAGGGAGACAAACACUUGUCUACAGGACAGUUUCUCUACAAUUCGGAUUUGAGUGCUGUGAAGUUCUCUAUUCUUCUUCCUAGUUUUGUGCCAUUAAAACUGCUUUAUUCCACUUUGAAAAUUAGCUUUUUGCAUUUUAACUGGAUUCAAAAUAGGAUCAUGUGAGUCCUAUGUAAAGGACAACACUUACUGUUUGUAAGUCAGCUUGUAGUAGAGUUUCAGCAUUUUUCUCCAUGGCAGUAUUGAAAAAUGGAGUUUACAAUCACCCUGCUAUUUGAUUGUCCUUGAAAGGUUGUACAUGUAAGCAACAGACCAUGGGCCCAGCUUUUGAAAGGUUUUGCUCCAGGUUAACAUAUCAAAGCAACAAAAUAAUGGAAAUGUUGCUCCCCUCUUUGUUUGUUGGUAAUCUACUGAUUUGAACUCUUCAGUUUACACGACUCCUAAGAUUUUUGAUUUUUUUAAAAAAGUUUGAUAAUUGAUAGCAGAGCCAGGUCCAUUACCACUGUGAUCUUUGAACUAACGUGUGCAUCUCCAAACAUCAUAUCCUAAUUGCUAGCUGCUGUACCAAAGCUCUGCUUCACUGAAUGGACUAUUGGAAUACAAUCUACAGAGUGUGAGUAGAUGUUAGCUAACUUAUCUUGACCUUGAUCAGUGGUGCAUCGGAUUUGAAAACUGGGCCCUGUGUCUUCUGUUUUGACAUUACAAGUGAUUGUUUUGGUCAUGCUGUUUGUUUUUUGAAUUCGAAUGCUCUGAAUUCUUGUUGUUUUUGGGUAAGUUGUUUGUCUCCAGCUAAACAAAAAUACUGUAAAUCAACUCUGAAAUCAGUAUCCAAAUUUUGAAAUCUGAACAAACUCAGAAUUAGUUGGUAACUAAUUUAAUGAUUUUUCACAUGAACUUGCAAACAAGUUGGCAGUACUUUUGUUGCAUAUCAUUAAAAAAAAACAAAAAAUCCCACAUACUUCAAAGGUAAGCAACAGUGACAUGUGUAAAAUAGGGUGCUGGUUGUGAAAUUGGUAAGUGUUUCAGUGCAAGCAUGUUACAUGUUUGUUUUUUGUUUGUGAAAGUUACCACUUUUUAUGGAAAAUAAAAUUUUGUGCAGAGA